AUGCCCAUGCUGGCCGACCCAUCCAAGCGUUAUGCCGCUUUCAAGCCUGUCCCGUUCCCCAACCGCACUUGGCCCGACAAGACUCACAAGAAGGCCCCCAUCUGGCUCAGUACCGAUCUGAGAGAUGGAAACCAAAGUCUUGCCAACCCCAUGACGAAUCAGCAAAAACACAGAUUCUUCAGACAUCUUGUCCAGAUCGGCUUCAAAGAGAUCGAAGUGGCCUACCCUGCCGCUUCAGAGACCGACUUUGCUUUUGUGCGAGAGCUGAUUGAGAACAAGGAAGUCCCUGACGACGUGUGGAUUCAAGUUCUUACGCCUGCCCGCGCCGACCUCAUUACAAAGACAUUCGAGGCCGUUGCCGGCCUCAAGAAUGUCAUUGUCCACAUGUACAAUGCUACAUCAUGCCUGUUCCGCGAAGUAGUCUUCAAUGCCGACCGCGAGCAGACCAUCAAGCUCGCUCGAGAACAUACCCAGCUCGUUCGAAAACUUUCUGAACAGUACGCUGCCUCGCACGGAACAAAUUUCCGAUACGAAUACUCUCCAGAAACCUUUUCUCAGACCGAGACACCCUAUGCGGUCGAAGUGUGUGAAGCGGUCAAGAAGGCUUGGCUCUCGGGAGAGUCAAGUGUAUGGGCGGACGGCAGAAAAGAAGAGAGGAUCAUCUUUAACCUUCCCGCCACUGUUGAGGUCGCCACCCCCAACUGUUUUGCCGAUCAGGUUGAAAUAUUCUGCAACAGCAUCUCGGAGAGAGAAAAGUGCAUCAUCUCCCUCCACACCCACAACGACAGAGGAUGCGCUGUAGCUGCCGCCGAGCUCGGUGUUCUUGCCGGUGCUGACCGAAUCGAGGGAACUGUCCUUGGCAACGGUGAAAGAACCGGUAAUGUCGACCUCGUCACUCUUGGCCUCAACUAUUACUCUCAGGGUAUGACACCAAACCUCGACUUUUCAGACAUGUUUUCAAUCAUCGACACUGUCACAGAGUGUACUGGUCUCCCAGUACACCCCAGACACCCUUACGCGGGAGAGCUCGUCUUUACCGCCUUCUCUGGUAGUCACCAGGAUGCGAUCAAGAAGGGAUUCGAGGCGCAGACCAAGAGGGACCAGGCGGGCGAUCUGGUGUGGAGCAUGCCUUACCUCCCUAUCGACCCAGCCGAUGUCGGUUGCACUUAUGAGGCUGUCAUCAGAGUCAACUCUCAAUCUGGCAAGGGCGGUAUCGCAUACAUUGUCAAGUCUGCUCUCGCUCUCGACCUUCCCCGCCGUAUGCAAAUCGCUUUCUACAAGGUUGUCCAGGACAAAUCUGAGGCUACCGGCAAGGAGAUGACCUCCAAAGACAUCACUGGGGCUUUCCGCCACGCUUACCACCUCGGUGGCUCCAUCUAUGACGGUCGCCUUAUCCUCAAGGGGUUCACUGCUACCGACCUCCGAGGCUCUCGCCCCGGGUCUAUCACUGGCACACCGGACCUUUCACCCACUAGGUCGAGGUCUCAGACUAGGCAUAUGGCGCCUCUUAGUCUCGCCCAGGGCGUAAACAACUCUGCUGAGCCCAGUCCUGACAGGGGCCUUGACACCAACCUUCCUCAGAUGUCCAAGCGCCUCACGGCCAAGGUCGUUGUCGACGGCAAGGUGCACGAGGUCAUUGGUGAAGGAAACGGUCCCCUCUCUUCAUUCCUCAAUGCCCUCGAAAGCGAUCUCGGCAUCGUACUCUCCAUCCGAGAGUACACUGAGCACGCUGUGGGUGCUGGAUCUGAUGUCAAGGCCGCUACCUACGUGGAGCUCAUUCCCGUUGAUGCUGAUGCCAAGGACAAGACCCAGGGAGGAUUCUGGGGUGUCGGUGUCGACGCAGAUAUCACCGCGAGUGGUCUCAAGGCUGUUGUCAGCGCUGCCAACAAUUUCCUGGGCCAAAAUGCCAUUCCCAAGAGCGCGUGA